AUGUCGCAAGGCAAUGAGCGCCAAGAACAACCGCCCAGCGGCCAUCACAGCGAAGAUGUCAUCCGGUCAAAAGCUUUGCUGGCAGACCUAGGCGUCGAGGAAUAUGACCCGAAAGUUUUGGAUCUACUGAAUGAUAUUGCCUACCAAACGGCCACGGAACUACUCAACACAGCGCGAUCGGUCUCUACGCAUUGCGGAAAGUCUUCAAUUGAAGUAACUGACGUGCGAAUCGCGAGCGAAUUUCUUGGAUAUAAUAGAGCGGACGGGCCAACGCGAGAUCAGAUUACGCAGAUAGCCAAGCACACGAAUGAACAACCUCUUCCCCAAAUCAGACACAGCAACGGCUUGAAGCUGCCUAACGAUCGUUUUUGCUUGUUGCAAAAUAACGUCAGGUGGAGGAUGGACAACCCGCCUCCCGCGAAACCUGCUGCCCACCUCGGUGCCGGUGACAUGCCCACCCAAUUCCGCCCCGAACAAGUCAACGCUAUGCUAAAGCGAAAGGCGCCGGCAGACGAUUUUGAC